AUGGCCAAGAACAACCUCACCAUCGUCACUGAGUUCAUCCUCAUGGGUUUUUCUGACUGUCCUACGUUGGAGAUUCCCCUCUUCCUGGUGUUUCUGAGCUUCUAUCUAGUGACCCUUCUGGGAAAUGUGGGGAUGAUCAUUCUGAUCCAAGUGGAUACCCAACUCCACACCCCAAUGUACUUCUUUCUGAGCCACCUCUCCCUGCUAGAUGCCUGCUACACCUCAGUCAUCACCCCUCAGAUCCUGGCCACACUGGCCACAGGCAGGACAGUCAUCUCCUAUGGCCAGUGUGCUGCCCAGUUCUUUUUCUUCACCAUUUGUGCAGGUACAGAGUGUUUCCUGUUGGCAGUGAUGGCUUAUGAUCGCUAUGUCGCUAUUAGCAACCCACUGCUCUACAGUGUGGCCAUGAAUCCCAGAAUCUGCUGGACUUCAGUGGUGGGAGCCUACGUCUGUGGGGUGUCAGGGGCCAUCCUGCGUACCACAUGUACUUUCUCCCUGUCCUUCUGUGAUGACAAUCAGAUCAACUUCUUCUUCUGUGACCUCCCACCCCUGCUGAAGCUGGCCUGCAGUGACACAACAAACACUGAGAUUGUCAUUGUCUUCUUUGGCAACUUUGUGAUUUUGGCCAAUGCUUUGGUCAUCCUGAUUUCCUACCUCCUUAUCAUCAGGGCCAUUUUGAGGGUGAACUCUUUGGGUGGCAGGAUCAAAACUUUCUCCACAUGUGCCUCCCACCUCACCUCCGUGGCCCUUUUCUUUGGGACCCUCAUCUUCAUGUAUCUGCGGAGUGGUUCAGGCAAAUCCCUAGAGGAGAACAAGGUCGUGUCUGUUGUCUACACCGUGGUCAUCCCCAUGCUGAACCCUCUGAUCUACAGCAUGAGAAACACAGAUGUGAAAGCAGCCUUCAGAAAGGUCACUGGUAGACUCCAGGCAUCCCAGAGCAUGUAG